AGGUGGUGUAGGUUCUCGGGAGUGUCAGAAACGUUCCGUCGAUCAAAGACACCGCCGCUUUGUUCUUCGGCCAAGUGAGGUAUGUGAGGUGACUUUGACAAUGAAUCCGGUGGCCGAUUGUCCGCAUUCAUGCAGACGCUGGCGCAUGUCUCGACGCAUGUUCAGCAACGCCGAGAACACCUCAUGCUGUCCUUCUUCUCAUCACCGACUUUAAGCGCCGUCUAAGCCUCUUCGACCUACCUUCACCUCCGAAACACGGCCACAACGCAGAGCCAUGGCCCUCCUCAAACGACUGUCCGACAGCUUCUGGUCUUAUGUCUCACCAACCAAGCCUGCCCCUGCGAACACCGCUCCUCAGACCAUUCCACGAGUUAAAACGCGAGCGGCCCCACCCUCUACGGAGCUCUUCCCUUCAGGACGUGGUCAAGAGCAGUCGGUCUAUGAGCCCGAUCGCGCGAGUGGACAGCUGGCGACUUGGUUCUGCGAGUACUGAAAAGAGCUCCGUGACGGCAAGCAGAAAGAGGAAGAGAGGAGGUACGCCGCCCAAGCGCUCGGUUGCUGGCGCUCGCCGUCGAAGGAUUAUCAAAAUGGAGGACAUGGACUACACUCCAGCGAACCGCUACGACAGCGAUAUCGAGAUGAACGACCGUGAGCAGGAAGAAGAGGAAGAUGCUCAAGGCGACCAAUACGCAGACGAAGAAGAGGAAAAAGAGGGAGAAGAAGACAGCGACGAUGCAGCCUCCGCGACCAGCUCCAACAUCCGCGUAGCAAGCAGAUCAGCCUCUUGCUCCCCGAGAGACUUCGUAGACGACAACGACACCUCCGAAAUCGAUACCUCUCUCGUAGUCUCCGAAUCCGCUUACGAAGAGCAAGCCCCGAAACGCCGCAUGCCCACCUCCCCCUCCACCGAGCACUUCCAACGCGGCGUCAGCUCCGAGGAGAUGCGCGCACAAGGCUGGGACGACGACCACAUCACGCUCGUGCAAAAGAUCGCUAUGCGCGGGCACGAACCGCUCAUGCCCAACUACUGGAAAUUCGAGUACCGCUUCCACAUGCCCGACAGCCUGUUCAUCGCCACCGACGGCGACGACACAGAUGCUAUCAUUGGCAGUGUUCGCCAGAAGCAUCGUCGCGCCAUCAUAGCGAUUGAGAAGCUCUUCGAACUAGGCGGCCGAAUGCGCGAUCGAGUAAUGCUACAAGGCCAAGUGACGCCAGAGCAGCAAGUGCGCCGUACGCUAAAGGAGUACAUCCGCUGGGCAAACACAGACUCCGGCCUGGAUCACAAAUCCGCCAUCCCCCUCCUCGCACUCGAAACGAAGUCCGUAAACAUCGACGCCAACGAAAUCAAACAAAACGCCAAACGCAAAUGCGAAAAACUCGCCCGCCGCUACCGCAACGCCUUCCGCGUCUUGCAAUCCAUCGAAAGCUCCCCGGGCUCCCGCACAUCGACGCAGCUCGCUUACCCCGUGCCAACGAUCUACGCCCUCAUUGCAAGCCACACGCUCAUCGCGCUCACGGCGUAUAACCCGGAGGAUGCGGAGCCGGACAUCAAGAUUGUGGCCAUGUUUGAGAUGAAGGAUAAGGACUACGAUGUGUGGAAUGCACUGGCGCUGGCGAUUGUUGUGUGUCAUUUGCGCAAUGUGCAGGUGCGGAUUGCGGAGGAGACGGGGUUGGGGAUCAUGUCUGGGGCGAGAGAGGAUGAGGUGGUGGAUGAUCCUGAUGCUUAGCUUGGGUGGCUUCACGCGUGUACUGGGAUGAGACGUCAUAUGAAGGGGGGUGAAAGCGAGCAUGGCUUCAUUGAUGAGGAGAUGAGAGUGCAAAUGGAUGGGCUGUGAUGAUUGAGACUUUGGUGUGCUACGAACGCGAGAUACCCCCUUUUCCACGCGAGU